GGCUGCGCUCGGGUUCCGCGGAGCCCAAGGGCCGAGGCGGAAGUGGGGCGGCCACCCGGGGGGCCGAGGGCGCGAGGUCGGCGGUCGCGGGGCGCCAGCGAGGGGCGUGGGACUCAGGAAGGGCUCGUGCGCGGCCAUAGGCCCUGGGGGAGGCCAGGCCAGGGGUCCGGUGGUCCGAGUAUCCAGCCUGGAAGAUGCACAAGAGGAAGGGACCCCCGGGACCCCCGGGCCGAGGAGCCGCCACCGCCCGCCAGCUGGGCCUGCUAGUUGACCUCUCCCCAGACGGCCUGAUGAUCCCUGAGGACGGAGUUAACGAUCAGGAACUGGAGGCUGAGUUCUUGGCUUUGGUGGGGGGCCAGCCCCAAGCCCUGGAGAAGCUUAAAGGCAAAGGUCCCCUGCCCAUGGAGGCCAUUGAGAAGAUGGCCAGCUUGUGCAUGAGAGACCCGGACAAGGAUGAGGAGGAGGGGACGGACGAGGAGGAUGUGGAGGCUGAUGAUGACCUGCUGGCGGAACUCAAUGAGGUCCUGGGGGAGGAGCAGAAGGUUUUGGAGCCCCACCCUCCCGUGGCCCAGCCAAAGGCCACAACCCCCAGCCCAGGGUUGGAGGCCACCUUGCAGGAGAGGCUGGCCCUCUACCAGACAGCAACCGAAAGCGCCAGGCAAGCCGGAGAUGGUGCCAAGAUGCGGCGCUACGACCGGGGGCUUAAGACACUUGAAAACCUGCUGGCCUCCGUCCAGAAGGGGAAAGCCAUCGAUGAAGGGGACAUCCCGCCGCCUGUGGCUGUGGGGAAGGGCCCAGUGGCUACGCCCAGCCACACCGCAGCACCCACCCAGCCGAUCCCUACGAACCCACCGGCCCCAGAUCCCCGGGUCAUCGUGGAGGGUCCUCCUUCAACUGCCCCAGCCUUGUCCCUGGUCUCCGCUAAGCCCCAGCUGCCCUCAGGUCCCUGCAGCCCUGGCCCCCUGGCCCAGUUGCAGAGCCGCCAGCGCGAGUACAAGCUGGCCGCCCUCCACGCCAAGCAGCAGGGAGAUACCGCCACUGCCGCAAGACACUUCCGCGUGGCCAAGAGCUUUGACGCUGUCUUGGAGGCCCUGAGCCGGGGGGAGCCUGUGGACCUGUCACGCCUGCCCCCUCCACCUGACCAGCUGCCCCCAGACCCACCAUCACUGCCACAACAGCCUCCAACUCCUGCCGUCGUGCCCUCCAUGCCAGAGGUUCCUGCACCCCCAAGGACUCUCCUGGAGGCGCUGGAGCAGCGGAUGGAGCGGUACUGUGUGGCCGCGGCUCAGGCGAAGACCAAGGGGGACCAGCGGAAGGCUCGCAUGCAUGAGCGCAUUGUGAAGCAAUACCAGGAUGCCAUCCGAGCCCACAAGGCUGGCCGAGCCGUGGGUGUGGCCGAGCUGCCUGUGCCCCCAGGCUUUCCCCCGAUCCAGGGCCUGGAGGCCACCGAGCCCACCCAACAGAGCCUGGUGGGGGUCCUAGAGACUGCCGUGAAGCUGGCCAACCAGGAUGAAGGCCCAGAGGACGAAGAGGAUGAGGAGCCUAAGAAGCUCAACAGCCCUGCAGCCCCCACAGCCCAGCCCAAAGCCCCACCUUCAAAGGCACCCCAGUCAGGAUCUGCCCCAGCAGCCAAAGCAGCCCCCAAAGGCACAUCCACCAGAGCCCAGCAGCAGCUGGCCUUCCUGGAGGGCCGCAGGAAGCAGCUCCUGCAGGCAGCGCUGCGAGCCAAGCAGAAGAAUGACGUGGAGGGCGCCAAGAUGCACCUGCGCCAGGCCAAGGGGCUGGAGCCCAUGCUGGAGGCCUCACGCAAUGGGCUGCCCGUGGACAUCGCCAAGGUGCCACCCGCCCCUGUCAACAAGGACGACUUCGCCCUGGUCCAGCGGCCCGGCCCAGGUCUGUCUCAGGAGUCUGUCCGGCGCUACGGUGAACUCACCAAGCUCAUAAGGCAGCAGCACGAGAUGUGCCUGAACCACUCUAACCAGUUCACCCACCUGGGCAACAUCGCUGAAACCAGCAAGUAAGAGGCCCCGCCCCCAGCCCCACCAGUCAUCUGC